AUUCAACCUUCGAAGAAAAAAAAGGAAAACUUUUUUUCACUUCGGCCAAGUGUUUUUCGUUUUCACUUUUUUGCAACUUCAACAAGGGAGGAAGAAAAAUCCUCGGAACCUGGAAGUAGAGGAAAAUUUUCACUUCUAAACCGUGCGUGCUGGCCAUUCACGGCGCUGUGUUGUGGACAAUUGAGUGGAUUAGGUGGCGAAGCAAGAAGAUUGCCAGAACCGGCUGGCUCCUCCCGCUCCAGAAAAGUGGUUCUCUCCCCUAACGGUGCGAAGAAAUUUUAGCUCCGGUGGACAAUGCGCGAGACAGCAAAGCAAUUCAGCGACGGGCGGAAGUCGUAAUCAAAUUGAGCAAUUGAACUACCAAUUCAAAGCCGAGAGGAGAAAGAAAAACAAACAGUUUUAAGCUUGAGGUUGAGCUCGGAAUUUGAGCGUCGUCGUCGAUUGAAAACGGAACUUUUGGAAGUCAUCCCGGUAGAGCGAUGGCGGAAGCGACGGAAACUUCGGCGAAAUAUCAAAAGCUGGCAGCUGAAUACUCAAAGCUCCGCGCCCAGGCCAGCGUCCUCAAGAAGGCCGUCCUGGAGGAGCAAAACAAGAGCUCCUCGCUGCGGGAAAACCUUCGCGUCAAGGAAGCCACCCUGCGCAAAACCGAACAGGAGGUCGACAGUCUGGGCUUCCGGAACAAACAGCUCGAACGGACGGUGGCCAAACUGCAGGAGGAUCUGGAGCUGGAAUUCAAGCGGGCCUCCGCGAAGGGUGGUGCCAAGUCAAAGUCUUCGACGGGAGCGGGAGCGGCGGAUCCUUCCGGCGUCGAUGCCCAGCUGUUGACCGAGGAGCUGCAGAAGAAGAUCCUGGAGAAUGCUCAGCUGGUUACGCAACUUGACGACAGAGGAGCCGAGGUUGGUCAGUGCCAGCUGCGGCUGGACGGGCUGAACCGGGAACUACAGCACCAGGCCUCGCUAGAGCAGAAGCUACGCAAAGAGAUGGAGGCGCUUGCGCUGAGAAACACGGAACUGGAGGCCAAGAUUAGCGAGGCUGCCAGCACGAUUGGCAGCGAGGACGGGCUGAGCGUGACGGCCGACAUGGAGAACCACUACAACAAUCACUUUAGCAGCAAUUCCAGCCAGGCCGGCGCCGUUGGUGGCAGUAGCAACAACAACAACAAUAACAACCACAACAACAACGCCAGCUCCGGAACGAACAACAACUGUGAUGAUAGGAUAGUGUUCCUGGAGAAGGAACUGAGCCACUGGCGGGCGCAGUACGAGCUGCUCAAGGUCGAGAGUGCCAGUCACCGUGAGUUGGGAGUGGCCGCGUCCGCAAGUGGUGUGGUGAGGGGCGAAGAAGUGUCCCAAGAGUGUGAAAAGAACUCCGAGGACAAUCAAACCCAAAGUGAGUUUGAAUCGCGGGAGGAAAAGCUGACGCAGCGGUUCACCAAGAGUAUAGGGGAUCUCUUUCAUGACAAGUGCCGGGCCGAGUCGAAGCUGGCAUCGCAUUUACUAGAGUCUCAAAGGCUGCAAUCUCAUCUGGACAUUAUGAAGAACCGACUGAAAGAGUGCGAGGACGCCAAGUGUGACGAGGAGCACCGGUACCGGAUCAUCGAGGAUGAACUAGCCCGCACCCGGCUCAACUACGAGGAGCAAAUCAGCGUGCUCACGGAGCAGGUGAUAAGUUUGAGCGACCAGCUGGCCAACUGCAAGUGAAUCGUUUUAGAUUUAAGUUACA